AGAAACAUUUGGGCUUUGCUUCCCAUUGGUUGAAACUGGCAUUGCCCUGGCAGCACUUGUAAACAUUCCGUCUGAGAAUCAGGGGAACAGCUGCUGAGAGACUCUUUCUGAGGCUUCCCUGGCUACUACUGCUCCAAAGAAGGAUCUGAUCAGUCAGGCAAAAGAAAAUGAACGUGGCUAAAAGUGUCAGAUUUUGGGACACAGUGGAUGCCAAGAAAAGUCCUUCAAGACAGAUGACAGCUGAAGAAGACAAAAGCAAUGUGACUGAACUCGCUCUAGCUUUAGUUAAUAGGGCCAUCACUGCUGCUAUUAAGGCUGUGGAAGAAGCUGAAAACCCCAUCAAAAACAUCAAAUGGAUCACACACGGUGAAUUCACAGCAGAAAGGGGGCGGCGACAAAUUGAGGAGUUCGUUUUGACUUGGGAGUAUCAGGACUGCUGGGUGCACUACACAGAUUUUAUAAAGAGGGAAGACUUGAUUCACAGCUUCCGCUACAUCUACAGUGUACGCUGGAGCCUGCCAACCGCUCAGAGACCCAUGCUACAAGUCAGUGCCUCUGCCCACUUCAGCAUCAAGAUCAACAAGAACAAGCCUCCAGAUGCACCCAUUGAUGUCUCUUAUGUCUUUGAGGGCCAGUCACUAGUUCACAGGUAAUGAACAUCUGGAGACUUUUAUUUCAAAAGGGUGGUGGAAAAAGGUCAUUACACUCCAGGAAUCCAGCAGGCCCACAGCCACAUAAUGGUCACUUUUCCUCUUUGGACC